UCAUGGGGCCCCCAGGCAAUAGGGAAUCAUGGGGCCCCUGUGUCCUUGCCCAAACUCAAAAAAGCCUAUGAAAAAGGUACCAGGGGCAUCUCAUGGGGCCCCCUACUGACCCCGGGCCCUCGGGCAGCGCCCGAGUUUCCAAAUGGUCAGUCCGCCCCUGCUGUGAGGUCACCUGGCCGUGUAACACAGUGGUUCUCAACCUUCCUAAUGCCGCGACCCUUUAAUACAGUUGCUCUUCAUGUAGGGGGCCUCAAGUGUGGCCAAUCACACCACCAAAGGGCGCACAUAAUAUUCCAUGAAUGAAAUGCUACAAAAG